AUGUUGCAGGCUUUCUCGUUCUCAUUGUUAGACCAGGCUGAUGCAUGGUUGUAUUACCUUCCUUCUGGAAGUAUUACAACUUGGUAUGAAAUGAAGAAACUAUUCUUAGAGAAGUAUUUUCCUGCUUCUAAAGCUGCAUCAAUCCGAAAGGAAAUCAGUGGUAUAUGCAGAUUACAGGGGAGAUUCUUUAUGAAUAUUGGGAAAGAACAGAGGUGUUUGAUUGAUGCAACAUUAGGUGGUGCACUUAGUGAAAAGACAUUCUCACAAGCAACCAGUCUGAUUGAGAGAAUGGCUUCAAAUACACAACAAUUUUAUACCAGAAACGACUCAAAUAUCAGAAGAGUUGGUGAGAUAGGAGGAUGUUCACAAUCAGAUCAGCGGUUGAACAAUAUAGAGAAGGUAGUACAACGAAUGGCUGCAGUUAUUAUUCCUUCUUAUGAGGAAGAGGCUGAACAGGUUACUGUUGUGUUCCCUAAUCAAAGUCCAAGUUAUGCAAAUAAGCAAGCUGCACCCUUAUGCGAGGCAAAAUGGUUUCCAACAAUCACGAUCUCAAGCUCAACCACAGAGUCAAACCUUAAUAUUGAUGAGAAAUCGAAUGCUAUGACGCAAGGAAUCACAUCCUUGUUUCAACAAAAUCAGCAGAAGACCGAUUCUGCUAUUAAGGACCUACAAACCCAGGUAGGGCAAAUGGCUACCGAAAUGAAUUUAUUGAAGGCUAUGGUAUUCUCUAAACUUCCAUCUCAAUCUAUUUUUAAUGCGGUUAUGUUGAGAAGUGGGAAUCAACUAGAGGAAAAUCAGCAGAGACAAAUUAUCAAUAACUUAGAUCAGGAAGAAGAGGCGCAAACCGAUCCUAAGGAAAAGCCAAUUCCAUCCGACCAACCUAAGGUUUCGGUUCUUACACAUAUUACACCACCUCCUUUUCCCAGUCGUUUUGUGGUAGGCUCGAAAACCUACAAUAAUAUUACUGCAAUUGCACAGCGUCUAACUUGUAGACAAUGGCAAGUAUUGCGAAGUCCUGUAACUGGACCGUAG